UGGGAUUAGAGCCUCCCAGCGAAUUUCAGAUGUACGCAAAGUCCAGUCGGUGAGCUCUCAGAAUCCCGCAAGGUGCUCUCAAUAUAUAUAUAUAUAUUCGUGCAUAUAUAUAUAUAUAUAUAUAUAUAUUCGUGCAAGACGAACGCGAAAAAUAAUAGCUAUAUAUUAGGAAAUGAAAAGAGAAUGAACACUCCGCAGAUGCGAGAUUGGUGAAUUGUUGUUCCAGCUAUGCUUUCCACCGUCCGAUCCUUCUCCAUCUUCCUCAUUUUCUCUCUCUUCUUCUUCACCUCCCCGACCUCCGGUUCCGAGUCCGAUCACAAGUAUCAAGCAGGUGAUCCUGUCACUCUAUGGGUAAACAAGGUUGGCCCAUAUAAUAAUCCGCAAGAAAUCUAUAACUACUACAGCCUUCCAUUCUGCCACUCAUCUGGCAAUGCGGCUCAUAAGUGGGGUGGCCUUGGUGAGGUUCUGGGUGGAAACCAGCUCAUUGAUAGCCAAAUUGAUAUUAAAUUUAAGAAAAAUGUGGACAAGAAUACCAUCUGUGAGCUUGAACUAGAUGCAACAAAGGUUAAACGGUUGAAGGAUGCAAUAGAUAAUUCAUAUUGGUUUGAAUUCUUCAUGGAUGAUUUGCCUCUAUGGGGUUUUGUUGGUGAGCUGCAUCCUCAUAGAAGCCCUGAUAAUAAGCAUGUGCUUUAUACAAACAAGAAUAUUUUUGUUAAAUACAAUGGGGAUCAUAUUAUUCAUGUCAAUCUCACUCAAGACAGCCCUAAACCAUUGGAAGAGGGGAGCGUAUUAGGCAUGACGUAUUCUGUUAAAUGGAUUUCAACCGACAUUUCUUUUGCCCGCCGUUUCGAUGUUUACCUGGACCAUCCUUUUUUUGAGCACCAGAUUCAUUGGUUUUCCGUAUUCAAUUCUUUCAUGAUGGUUAUUUUCCUUACUGGCUUGGUGUCAAUGAUAUUGAUCCGUACUCUUCGAAAGGACUAUGCCAAAUAUGCUCGGGAAGAUGAUGAUUUAGAAGCUCUAGAAAGGGAUGUAAAUGAAGAGUCUGGUUGGAAACUUGUCCAUGGAGAUGUCUUUCGCACUCCCCAAAAUCUGGUACUGCUUACAGCUGUUGUUGGAGCUGGUGCUCAGCUAGCAACACUUGCCCUCCUUGUCAUUAUAUUAGCAAUUAUUGGAAUGUUGUAUAUCGGGAGAGGAGCAAUUGUCACGACUUCUAUAGUAUGUUAUGCUCUUACAUCAUUCAUUUCUGGUUAUGUGAGUGGUGGCAUGUAUUCCCGAUAUGGUGGUAAAAAAUGGGUAAAGUCAAUGAUACUCACAGCAUCACUUAUCCCUUUCCUGUGCUUUGGGAUUGGAUUCAUAUUGAAUACAAUUGCUAUAUUUUACCGAUCUCUAGCUGCGAUUCCCUUUGGUACAAUGGUCGUCAUUUUUGUCAUUUGGGCUUUUAUCUCCUUUCCUCUGGUACUUCUUGGCACUGUUGUAGGAAAAAACUGGAGUGGUGCUCCAAACAAUCCCUGUCGAGUAAAGACCAUUCCUCGUCCAAUCCCUGAGAAGAAAUGGUAUCUCACGCCAUUUGUAGUCUCUCUAUUGGGAGGAUUGCUUCCAUUUGGAAGCAUUUUCAUCGAGAUGUAUUUUGUCUUCACUUCCUUCUGGAAUUACAAGGUGUACUAUGUGUAUGGCUUUAUGCUUCUUGUUUUUGUGAUUCUGAUCAUCGUCACCAUUUGUGUGACAAUUGUUGGGACCUAUUUCUUGUUAAAUGCUGAGAACUAUCAUUGGCAAUGGACUUCAUUCUUCUGUGCUGCCUCCACUGCUGUUUACGUGUUCCUGUACUCACUUUAUUACUAUUAUUUGAAGACUAAGAUGUCGGGCUUCUUUCAGACCAGCUUUUAUUUUGGAUACACAUUGAUGUUCUGUCUUGGUUUAGGUAUACUUUGUGGAGCAGUUGGUUAUCUGGGCUCCAAUUUGUUUGUAAGGAGGAUCUACAGAAACAUCAAAUGUGACUAGAGAUUUUACGCGUAAAACAAGUUAAUGCUUUGCGGAUUUUGUUGUAAGAUGAAGUGAUUAGAGGGAAAAAAAGAUAAGAUAAAGGACUCCAGGCUCUAGAGGGAGGUGUGGAUGAUACUGAUUACAUUGCAGCAAUGACAGUGGAUGGAUGUCACAGCUCGAGCCAUGAGGUGAUGCGUGAUUUUUUCACACAGGUUUGUAUUUUUCCGCCGGAUGUAGUUUAAAAGCCUUUACUAGAAUCGGAGUCUGGAAAUUCUUUAGCAUCUGAGAAUUCUUUCAAUUCAACAUCAUCUGUUGUCAUUCUUUUGGACCAAGAACUGUUGCCAUUUCUUUACAAGGUUUGAACUAUGCCAUUCUUUUGUUUAUUGAACAUAUUUGAACAAGCUUUUCAGCUAAGUUUAAAGAAAAGUAAUACAAGGACCUGUUUGGUUUUUGAGAGUUACAA